AUCCGAAGCCUGACAGUUGUGCUCCGUCUCUCUGCGCAGUAAGAUUGGUAUCAGCGGAGCGUUCGCUAGUUCCACGGUUGCGUUUGUUUACUUUUGACGCGCCUCAGUCACGAAAAAUUGUGGAUAUUUUUGUGGUGCUUGUAGCUGACAUUUUUGAAGAUUGACGACAGUUCAUUCGGAAAGAUGCAGGAUUGACUUUUUUUCAUGAGAUGAUAGAGUUUGGAGAGUGAAGUAAAAAAUCGUUGAAGUUGAAAAGCGUGGAAAAUAUUUUUGCUGGUGUAUUUUUCGGAAGCACAUAAUAUCAAGAGUGUCAAAGGCCAGAGAUAGCUAUCAGCUGUAGCAACAGAGUGCGUACACCUGGUGACUGCGCAUGCGCAUCCCCCCUUGAAGCUUUGGUGGGGAAGACCAGCUGUAAAACAGAUACAAACUCAAAACACAAACUUCGACUUGUCAGUCGCCGAUCGGCAACCGUGGAGUUAACGUGAAAUAUGCUAAGUAAAGUCGAGUGCUGCAGCACUUGAGGCACUUAGGCAGGUUUCAACUUUGAAAAACUUUCGUCGCGAUUAAAGAAAUUUUGCUACCACAUAGGAAAAUAGUGACGUAGUGACUGUGGAUAUCUGAUUUUUUUCCGUUAAAAAAAAUGGUGCCACAACAGAACAUGGAUUCGUCUCGUUCUGAUACUCCAACUUGCAGCAGUCAAGCACCCCUGUUUGGAUCUCAAUUGGUGGACAAAAAUUCAUCUACACCCUAUUCUGAUGCUACUCAGAAGAAAAACAAUCCUAAUCACAUCAAGAGGCCGAUGAACGCGUUCAUGGUAUGGUCUCAGAUAGAACGUAGAAAAAUCUGCGAAGUGUCACCUGACAUGCACAAUGCGGAAAUAUCAAAAAAAUUGGGCAGACGCUGGAAACUGCUCAACGAUGAGGAACGUCAGCCCUUCAUCGAAGAAGCCGAGAGGUUGCGUCAGUUGCACCAGAAGGAGUACCCGGACUACAAGUACCGUCCUAGAAAGAAGAGUACCAAACCCUCCUCCAAGUCCAAUACGCCUAAGAAGUCAAAGAAAUCAUCGCCUAAAUCACACAAAAACGACAACAAUAACAAUUCUAGUAAAGAUAAAAUCUAUAGCAGGCGCACUACGGUCCCAGAAACGGUAGCCUCAAAGCUGAAGUUCAGGCUGACGCAAAGUGAAACGUCCAGGGUAGAACCAAGGGUAGAACCAGUACCAGCGGUACAAAUGCAAUUACCACCCAUUAGUUUUAUCGCAAAGGUACCUUCCAGCCCUUCGUGCGAGACUCCGGACUCACCAGAAAGUGCCACAAUCUAUGAUGACACUUGGGUCAACCAGCGCCUGGUGAAGGAAGAACCUGAAGAUAGGCUCACGCAACAUACGACAACGUUAGACGAACUAGACGGUAUAGAGGACCUUUUACCUAUGGAAGGAAUCAACCUGGAGGAAUUAGCAGACAUAGAUACGAAUUUCGACACGGCUUCAAAUAGCUCCGGAUCACACCUCGACUUCUCAGUUCCACAGAAUAUCCCGAUGUUCUCGAACACCUGGAACGAUAUUCACAAUGAGGAGUUCAUGAUGUGUUGAAAGAGACUGUAAGACUGUUUUCGGAUGACAUUCAAAUGUGUAUCGGCACAAUCAAAGACUUUGAGUCGAUGCAGAUCGAGAAGUGCGAAGCCCUGAUUGGUUUUACGCUCAAGCGUGUUGACGCAGCGGUAAGAAAAAGAUGGAAAAUGAGUUCUGUAUUUUGCGAUUUUUAAGAUUUGGGCGGUUAAGGAGGUCCAUACACUUGUAAUAUUUUGCGAACUAGAUCCGAAUUAUAAGAAAGACAGUAAGUACGUUAAUAUUAAUAUUUUGAUGAUAAAUUUACAUAUAUACUGCUGCUUAGCUUUCAAAUAUCGCAUGUGUAAGUAUCAGAAAACUGACAGUUACUGAUAAUUUUUCGAAAACGUUUGUAUGUUUUAAGUAUUGUAUUUCUCAUGUAGAGCUAUUGAAACAAGAAUUAUUAUAUAGUUAUUCCGUUAGUUUUUCAUUCGAUUUUACAACAAAAUAUUUAAAGUUUACUUGUAUCUGGGCAUGCUGAACUUCAAUAUUUGUUGCUCAAAUAUAAAAUAAUCUAAUGGCACUGCAUUACUUUUAUUUCCACAUAAUCAUCUUUAUGUAAGUGUAUGGUCGCUCUUUAGCGGUCUAGUAACCAAAAAUUCACGGAUUCUCUUAUCUAAAGCUCAAUCUCCAAUUUUUUGUUAUUUGUGGCGACCACGCAUUCAGCUAAAGCUGCAUCGACAUCGUAACUGGUGUUUUUUUAUAAUUAAUAUAAUUUUAACCCCGAUAAUGAUCUCAUUUUGCGUUUAUUUUUGUAUUUAUCAUUGAAUAUAACGAUGCAAAUGCAUUGUCCAAGGAAUCUACCAGUUAAUGUGAAAAUAUGCAGUCAUUUUAGAUGAAAUAUCAUUCUUGAAGAAUGUAUAUCGUAUGGAGGAGGGUCUACAGAUGGUCUGAAACACAACAGAAUUUAUUUCAAAUAACAUAUACUUAUAGCGAUGCCAAGCGGUUGACGCAAAAACUGUUAUGAGCACAUCAAUAAAGUGUGUGGUCUAGAUGAAAUGUUUUUCUAAAGCUACAAUAGUUAACAUGUCCAAGCUAAUUGUCUCCUUUACUUCUUGUGAAAAAUGAAAACAAUUACUCCAGCCUAGUGAGUUGUAUCAAAGAGCGAUUGUUACUAUCCAGCUUAAACUCUGUACGUUUGUGAGGUUACUUCAAUAUGUCAAAAAGUCAAUUACCUCAGAAAUUGUUGCUAAAAACUUGAAAAUUUAAAAAUUUAGUGGUAUAAAUGUAAUUAGUAUUAGAGUGGUAAUGAUUUGGCCAAUCUUCAAUACAAUCCAUUGCUCUUGCAGCUACGUAUAUAUUUUCUUCUAAAAUGAUUGGAAAUUAAAAUAGUGCCUAGAGCUCAUUUAGUAUUGUCGGAUCCGGGACAUGACCCGGUCACAAUUUUAUCUUUGUAAAACACUGUUGACAAUUCUAAGUGUGUAUGUAAAGUCGACAGGAAACACAAAACCAGGCUGUGAUUUCAUCUCUGUUUGAUGACCAAUACUUUAGUUGUCAAAAAGUCCGUAUAGUUAUAAAAACAGUUCUGCUCUGCUUUUACCUCCUUGUAAAUCCGGGUGCAUUUAGCCGUGAUUCGCCACCAUAUAUUUUUAUAAUUUAAAUAAAAAAACUUGUCUUUUAUUGAUCUGUCCAAUUGACUCGUCUAUAUCAGUCUACAGUACUGGGCAACACACAAAAAAUUGCUUGUUUCUAUCUGUUCCUUUGUAGCCUCUAUAAAUAACACCAUCGUGUUUCAUCAGAGUACAUCGUUAGAAAUCCCUCACUUUUGAUUGACAAUCCUGGAUGUCCAUUACUGUAGUGAUUUGUAGAAUUGUGAAGGAACUAUGGUUUCAAUUCCUAAAAUUUUGUUGGAAGCACUAAAGCUUGAGAACCUGGAGUUCAAAUUUGUCUGUGACUUUAAGCAGUAUUUACUUUCAAUUAACCUGGUUUGUUCUUGAGACCAUAGUUUUCGUAUCAGAACCGAGCGUUGGCGUCCUAAAGCUUAGUUUGUAACUGGUUAGGUUCUUCAUAUAUUUUAUUAACACAUUUUUUAUUCGUUCGUCCAGAAUUUGUACUUAAAAGAAUCGACUAAGGAUGGAACUGUAAGAUUUGUAAAGCACUACACAGCGUGUAUGUGGAUAGAAUUGUAGAAAGUCGAUAUUAACGGUAAGAUAUCCAAAAUAGGUUAGGAUUGUUUGUGCUACAGUCAUGUCGGAUAUUUGGUUCAGUAACGUGGGUCAGUUAGAGAGUAAUUUCAUGUCUAUUGACAAAACGUAAUUCAUCUAAAAGUGGAAUCAUUCAUACAGCUACUCAUAAUUAGUCUGUCAGUUGAAUUGUAUUAAUUUUGUUCUUGAAUUAAAACAAAUUACUUUCUGAUACUGUAUCUUUAUUUGGCUCCUAGCACUUACAACUAUCUUUUGUAAAUAAUAUCGUUUCUAUGUUUUACCACAAUACGAGGAUCAAAAAUACAAUAACUACUUUAUCGUCAGUUUUCCAACAUUGAGUGUUUUGAAAGCAUAUGUUAGCUCUAAACGGAAGAAACAUGCUUUUGAAGACAAACGGCUUGGAAUGGCUCAAGUCAUGUUUUUACAUCCCGUCUUUAUACGCUUACCUUGAUUUCAGUUCAUAUCAAGUCAAGAAAAAAUGACACCGAUCGGCACCUCAUGCCUCACUGUUCAUUUUCAAAAGUUACAUUACUGUCAUACUGUAUGGUAAAAUCCUACUGUUUCAUGUUGUAGUUUUGUUCAUAUUUUUAAAAGUGUUUUGAUACAAAAUGAUAGCAAUGUCUCUUAAAUGAAAGAUUUUUAAAUCGGAGUUAUUUUUUUUCAGACAUGAGCCACAGCGGUAUAAGGGUUAUUUGCACAGAAGUACCAAAGGCUCUCUCGCGAGUACUUAAUAAAAUUUCAUUUAACAGGAUCUUACGUAAAACUUAAAAUUUGUUAUGAUUUGAAAAUAUACCCAUUUUGAUUAAGCAUUGUUGACCUUACUUCCAUUAUUGCAAGCUAAUCUAGCAGUCUUAAGAAGUAAUGUGUUUUAGACUUUUCGUAUACAUUUUUUGACAUAAAUUGGUUCGAUUGAAGCUUUUGGUACUGUUGAGCACACAAGUCCUGUACACAGGGAAAACAUACAACAAAUACAUUCAAUGUCAAUGCACAAACUUAAAAAUAGGUAAUAAAGCAUAGUAUUAAACGUUUUUGGAAUUAUAAAUACAUAGACUAGCGCGAGCAAACAUCGAUAUUCUUAUAAUAAAUAUAUUUGAAAGACGUUCAAACUUUAAACGUAACCGUGUGCUUUCAAUGUAAUAGAAUUACUCCUGUAAUAUCAGCUUGAGACGAUUAUAGUUUACCAUGGAGAUGUUUGUCAAUUGUUCCAUAACUAACCUCAAUUAAUGUUUUAUAGGUGCCAGUCACUUUACAAAUGGAAUACUAACUGCUAUUUAAAAAAGGUGACUGACAUAUCAUAAACAUAAAUCUAAAAGUUCAAUCGCAUUACCUGUAAUACCUUGAAAAUGCAGCUAUUUUUGUCUAAAAUAUAGUAUCUAAUAUCGAAGAAGUUGCGAUUUUUGUUUUUGUUAAAACUAGUUGUAAUGUAUGCAUAGAAUUAUUUUAAGAAUGAAAAGAAUCAUUGUCUUGUUUUAUUAUUUUCUUUUGGACUAUUUUGUGAUGAUAUAUCUUAGACAAGAUAUGAGCCUUAUUCGCAGUUCUGUGCUACUUGGUCUCCAAGCUAUGGUCGUCCCAAUGGACAAUAUUUAAUGUUAGAUUGGACUGUCCGUAACUAUAAGAGUUUUCGAAUUUUAAAAUUUUAUUAUGGAGGCCUGCCUGGUACAUAUAUAUAGUAGAAUCUAACAUAAUAUUCGGUGUAUUUUUGUACCCAAAUUGAAAUAUUGUUUAUGCGACACUGUCUCGGAAAAACACUGAAAUACCGAACCGCUGACUGACUUAGCACUUAGUUUUAUCUACUCUAUUGGGAUCAAAACUAGAUCAUGCUUUGCUGUGAUUUGUCAAAGAAACAUGUAUAUAGACUCAAUGUUGCUCUAGGAAGGCAACCAUGGAAAGUAUUGAAUGCUGGUCUAAAAAACGAGAAUACGCUACAUUUUUCACUGUAUGCCGAUGACCCCCAACUCAGGGUGAAACAUUUGUCCAAAGCUGAGUAGAAUGAAGAAUGCAGCUUUGGCUUUACCCAACGAUUUAUCUUUAGCUCUUACAUCGCUUGACAUAUCACAGUCUUCACAUGGAUCUGCUCUUUGAGACAACCACUUAGAUUGGACUAUAGUAGUCUAUAUGAAAGUGACAUUGGGUUGGAUCUCAAUUUUUGAAAAACCUCGUAAGACCGCAGUACAAUCACCUAAGAUUCAGAAUAACCUCACUUGGCAGACAUUCGAUACUAGAGAUUACAUAGGGUGCAUCUCUUUGGUUCGACUGAGUUCCGGGAUAGUGAUUCGCCGAAUCCUUGUACAUAAACUUGUAUAAAAAAUUGCUCAUGUAAAAAUUGUUUUUGUUAUUGGAUGUACUAUUUACGCAAUCAGUUUAAAUUUUUGCAAUAAUUAUCGAUGAAAGUCGGAGAGAGUUGGAAUUUUUUCGUUCAAUUUGUGAAUUUUAGAACGUGUCAAUUCGAACUCUCACGAUACGAGGGCUGGCAGAAAAGUCUCGGGUGUUUUCACUAAAAAAAUCUUGUUAAUCACUUAGAGAACAUACGUGACUUUUGUGCCGAGAGAGGAAGGGCAUUGUCCAAAUCUGGCGUUGCUCGUGUUAAACGAAAUUUGGACAUGGUUCUUUUGUGUUUUUUUGUCGCAUUGUUAACUUUUAUUCUGGCGAACGACUUUUUAAGAGAUUAGAAAGUUAGCAAUAUUUUUGCAUUACCUUGAUGUACUAUAAGUCCCAAGCAUUUGUAAAUCCCCCAUAUGUAUUAUAUUCAUAUUACUAUAUUAAAGUUAUUAUAUAGUGUGUAAAUUUUGUAUUGUAGUUGCUG